AUGACAUUUUUCAUAACUUCUGCAAUAGUGCUUCUUUUCAUGUUCUAUACGGAACUGUCUGUGACUUAUGCAAAAUCUUUUUACUGCAAAAUAUUAUGUUUGGACGCAUUGCUUCAAUGUCAUCUGUUCACUGAACCUGGUUUCGGAGUAGCUCGCAAAGUAGAAGAAUCUGAUGAAGAGAAGUUCUAUCGGUUCCUAUUUGGGAAGGAACUUUCAAUGCGAUCUAUAAUUCUAAAUCCGAUUUCAGUGUUAUCAGCAACUCUGGAGGCUUGUUAUCAAAUAUCCGACAUUCGAUUGUCCAAGACUCUGUAA